UCCGUCUCAAAAAAAAAAAAGAUUCAGUUUUGAAUACACUGAAGUUUGUGAAGUUUGAAGUGGUAACCUUCAGGACAGGAAAUGUCUGGGAGCAACUGGAGAACAGAAAGUUUAGUGUUCAGUGAAGUCAGGACUGGGCAGCCAUCCUCAUGUAGGUGUCAGCUGAAGCAGUGAGAGUGGAUUCUCCAAGACAAAGAGUGUAGAUAUAAAACAGCAAGCAAAUAGCAUUGCUUUUAGAAAGUAGCCUUUUAAUUUGAUUGGAAGGAUUGCCUGGGAAGGAGCACAUGUGAAAUUUAUGGAGUGAUAGAAAUGUUCUAUAAUGUUAAAGUGUUAUGGGUAUAUGCGUGUGUCAAAUUGCAUGAGAUGUACACUUAAGAUUUGUACAUUUCACUUUAUGUACUUUACCUCAAUUUUUAAAAGAUGUCAUCAGACAAAGAGAGCAAGGUGAGAAGGACCUGAUCCCAUAACUCCACUGCAUGCUAAUUCAAAUCAGGAAGUCUUUAUUAAAGGCCCCAUGUGCCUGUCACUGUGCUAGGCACACCAACUUUCAAAGAGGUAGAGAACAUUGUCCUUAAAAGAGAGGAGCUUACUGCAGAGCUAGGGAAAAGAGAAGGGAAAGUUAAUUAACUAUUAGAUAUAUAAUCAACCCCCAAAGACAGACACACACACACACUCAUGCGUGCAUGCAUGCACACACAUACGUGCACACACACACGCUUUGUAGGGUUAUUAUUAAGAUUGAGAUGAUGGAUGAAGAAAGUGAUCCGAAAAGCUUUUCUAAAAACUCUAAAACUGAAGUAUUUAUUUCUUCACCCAUAAACUUAAGGUAGUAAUACCUUUCAUGGUUGUGCACUUAAUGAGAUAAUAUAUAUAAAGUGCUUGGAACUUAGUAAGUUUCAAAUAGAUAUUAGCAUCUUUUUCCCCGGCUCAAUCUUAAGUAAUAAAGUAAGAGAAUUUCAAGGAGGCAAAGAUAGAAAACUUAUAAUUAUGUUCACCAUGAUAUUAUCUAUAAUAAAGAAAAAUUAGAAUUUUAUUCCUAUAUGCUAGUAAAAUGUGAAGUUUGAUUUCUUGAUAUUUUUUAUUUUCAAAAUUUCUAGAACGAGCAUACAUUAUUUAAAAACAAAGUUUAACUACCUUGAAAUUUAUACAUUAAAAACAUUAUAACAGAACUCCUAAAGGAAGAAAAAAAUGGAAGUCCAUAAUUGUCAUUAAGAUUAAACCUAAGGAUGUUAAAAGGAACAGCAUUAAAAUAGUAUUUGAUUUGGUUUAAAUCCUUUUAUUUGUCCACUCUAAAACUACAGAACAUCUGUUAUGUGCCAAGCAUUGUCUUUGGUGGUAUGGAUAUAAAGGUCAGCAGUGUAAUGACUUUAUUCUGAAGGAAUUCAGUCUGAUGGAAAAAUCAUAUAAACAAGGUGGUUAUUAUAAAACAUGGUACUUCCAGUGCCAGCGAUGUGAACAAGACAUUUGGGGACCUCUCUUGCUUAAAUAUGGCUUCCUGGAGGAGGUGAAACCCUGAGGUGAGUUUUAAUUUAUUCCACUCGUCUCUUUGGAAAUUAUUUAGACUUUUUUCUUCUGCAUUUAGCUGCAGUACAGCAAUGGCGAUCAGAAGGUAGAACAGCUGUAUGGCUGCACAUUCCCAUCCUCCAAAGCCGAUUUAUUGCCCCUGCUGCUUCCCUGGGCUUCUGCUUUCACCAUGCAGAAUCGGAUUCAUCAACGUUGACUCUGUGGCUGGGAGAAGGGCCCAGCAGAUUACCAGGAUAUGCUUCACAUCAAGUAGGAGUUGCAGUUGAAAAAUAUGUGGAAGUUUCCUGGAGGCCUGUCAGAGCCUGAAGAAGAUAUUGGAGACACAGCGGUUCGAGAAGUUUUUGAAGAGACUGGUAUAAAAUCAGAAUUCAGGUCCCUCCUGAGUAUUCGGCAACAGCACACAAAUCCUGGAGCUUUUGGGAAGUCAGAUAUGUAUAUCAUCUGCCGUCUAAAGCCAUAUUCAUUCACCAUAAAUUUUUGCCAGCAUGAAUGCUUAAGAUGUGAGUGGAUGGAUCUCAAUGACCUGGCGAAGACUGAAAAUACAACUCCCAUCACCAGCAGAGUUGCUAGGCUGUUGCUGUAUGGGUACAGAGAAGGGUUUGACAAAAUUGACCUGACUGUGGAAGAACUUCCAGCAGUUCACACAGGCCUGUUUUAUAAACUCUAUCACAAGGAACUGCCAGAGAAUUAUAAAACUAUGAAAGGAAUUGAUUAAGUUCACAUUUAUAUGUUUAGAAACCUGUAGACUAAUGAAUGACAUAAGAAAUAGUGGAUAUUUUGGAUUGAUUAAAUAUCUGACUGUAAUUUUCUAAUGUAUAUGAUUUCCAUGAAGAAAUUUUGUUUCUAAACGUGCACAUUUUAAAAGCCUCUUUUCGAAUAAAGCAAAUGCGUGAAAAAGA